AUGAAUGCGUCGUUAGAAGAUAAUACAAUGAGUGACCCUUUGGGAGCUAAGGAGCCUAUUUCAUCUGAUCCGAACAACGAUAUUGGUGCCCAAGCCUAUGAGGCAGACUUCGAUUUCCAAGACGGAAAUCUCGGUGAUGAUGAAGUUGACUCGUUUGCAAUUGACGAAGAUAGGUUCACCACCGAGACUCCAGUAUGGAACGAUACAAAGUUUGCGAUUUUCUUUUUAAUUGUGUUUGUUUUGUUUAUAGUUAAGUCUUUCUCGUUGAUUGUGAAGCAUAUGAAGACACUAGCAGAUGAAAUACCACCAAGCCAGACUGUUCCAAAUUCAUUGUUCUUUAGUUUGAAGUCUAUUUUCUUGAUUCUUGUUACGAUUGCCUUGUCAACAGCAGUGACGAUGAAACUAUUUUUUCUUGCCGGUAAGAAAUCAAUCAGGCUCGUUGAAACCGGAAUUAAGUUUAUUACUGGUUUCUUCAUGCUGGCUACGGUUGCAGCUUUUUUCAUUAGACAAUAUAUUCAAGGAUUUCUAUUUGGUAUAGUUACUGCAAUUUUGUUUACUAUCAUUAUCAAAUUCAAGCAGCUGAUUACUCUUGCUGGUAAUAUACUAAGCAUUGUCAUUUCUGUGCUUAUGAAAUAUCCAGCUACAGCCUUUGCUGCGGGUGGCGGGUACAUUAGCACUUCAUUUUUCACCGGUUUAUUGAGCAUAGUUAAUGGUUGUACAUACAUUGCAUAUGGGUUCCAUGGUGAUGGUACACCUAGAUUUGACGAUCAAGGCAACAAGAUCUCACAGGUUAGUACAGGUUUUGUCUUGACGCUACUAUUUUUGAACUUUGCAGGAUUAUACAUUGUUGAUGUUGCGAGAAAUGUCAUGCACGUUACCAUCGGCGGUAUAUAUGGUACAUGGUACUACACUGAGCAAACUUUCAACGGAAUGCCUAAAAAUGAGGGCACUGGUUCGUUUAAGAGGGCAAUGACUUACAACUUUGGUUCUCUAUGUUUUGGAUCGCUAUGUGUUGUGAUUUUCCAAUGUAUUGCCGUGACCGUUUUACUGAUUGAUAGAAACCAAGGAUAUGUUGGCCAAAUUGGGGAUUUGAUCCUAAGAUUAACAAGUACAGGUGUUGGAUAUUUCAACUUGUAUGUGUUCUCGUUUGUUGCACUUUACGGCUCCUCUAUGAUGAGAUCGGUUAAGGCCACCUAUAAGUUCUUCAAGGAUAGAGGGCUACAAGCAUUUUGCAAUGACUUCAUUAUUAGCUUGGCGUUGGGAUUCUACUGUCUCAUUGCGGCUUUUAUUAGCGGUAUCUUCAUUGCAAUCUUCUUGUACAUCUUUAAGGCAAUAGUUGGAAUCAGAGAGGAAUUUUUCGCUCCACUACUAACCUCUUCUCUUGUCGUUAGUUUCAACAUCACAACGGUUUUGAUCCUCACUAUUGUCUCUGGCUCUUCUGUUUUCUUCUAUGCACUAAACAAAGAUCCCUCUGUGUACCAGGAGAGUCAUCAGUUCGAAUUCCAAGAAAUAUCGAGAUGUUUCCCAAGAGUUUUGCAACGUGUUAACCUCCAAUAG